GUUUGUAUACUUACGAUAUUUCCGGGUAGGAGUUGAGCACACAACUAGCUCCGCCAAUACCUUGAGCAUCCAACUACUGGUUUUUAAGGACAGUGCAAUGGAGGAGGUUGACCCGAUGUUGGCGAUGGCAUCAAGCACAGGCGUUGUAGCUAGUAGCUCGCCAAAUGCUCUGGCGGUCGGCCUUUGGGAUGCCCAGCAGUUGGAGGUGAUGUCGCUCAUAAAUCCCAUAAAUCCCCUGUUGCUUGCAUCCGCGUGUGUUGGCUCCUCGGAAGCACUGGUUUUUCUUUUCAGAAGGGAAGACAACCAAGAACCACCAAUGUUGAUCCCUACUCAAGACUUUCUUGACUUGCUAGAGGGAUACACCCCCGGCAGCAGCACCAGAAGAAGUCCGAGCGUGCCUCAAGCCUAUGCCAAUGUAGAAGAUGGCGUUGACCAGCCGUUUUUCCGAAGCACAUCCCGGCUCCUCGCCGGGGUCACCGCUGAGGGGGACACCGCGCUACAUGCUGUCACCUGCCAUGGGGAUACCGCAGAAUUUCAGGAGUGUGCUAGGAUCAUCAACGAGAGGGACCAGCGCCUCCUGUUUGCGGUAAAUAGAAAGGGUGACACUCCCUUGCAUUGUGCCGCCCGAGCUGGUAGAUCUCGAGUGCUCUCUUGUCUCAUAAAACUAGCUGCAAGUUGCAACAGGCUGCAUGAGCUUCUGAGGAAGGAAAAUGGGCUAAAGGAGACGGCCUUGCAUGACGCUCUCCGCAUUGGAAGAAAGGAUAUUGUGGAGAGUCUAAUGGAGGCUGAUCCAGAGCUGGCUAAUUAUCCUAAAGAUGGAACUUCACCAUUGUACCUUGCAAUUCUACUGUCAAAAUGUUCCCUCCCGGAGACACUACAUGAUAAAAGCAAUGGGAAUCUCUCGUACGCCGGGCCAAAUGGGCAAAAUGCCCUACAUGCUGCGAUUUCUCAAGACACAGUGAUCACAAAACAUGUGUUGAACUGGAAUAAUAGCCUUACCACUCGUCCGGACAGAGACGGAAGUACACCUCUUCACUUCGUAUCAAGUUUCUGGCAUUGGCCGGCAGGGGUUAAGCAAUUAUUAGAAGCUAACCCAUUAUCAGUGUAUCAGGAAGACAACAACGGAUUGUUCCCCAUACAUGUUGCUGCCUCUAUGGGCGUUGAACAUACCAUAACCAUUAUUCUUGAAAUGUUUCCUAGUUGUGCUGGAUUGCGCACUGCUCGAGGACAGACGUUCCUUCAUGUUGCCAUUCAGAAAAGAAGAAAGAACAUAGUCUCAUUUGUUUGCCGAACACCAUCUUUGAAUUGGAUUUUGAAUAUGCGAGACAAUGAUGGGAACACUGCAUUGCAUUUAGCUGCCCAGGCUCGGAACCUUUGUAAUUUUUGUUCUGUGUUUGCAAACAAGAAAGUGCAGUUAAACAUAGCAAAUAAUAACAAUCAGACUGCACUUGAUAUAUCCAGAAGUGUGCUUCCUGACGGAACGUAUUACAGUUUGGACAAUGGUGAUCUGAUACGCAAGGCACUCGAGGUGGUUCAUGCUAAAGAUAGCUGUCUUCGCCAGGAUCUUGAAGAAAAGUAUAGUCGAAAACUAAUACCAAAUCACAUGAUUAUAGAGGCAGAGAAGGUCAGAGAUUCAAGCCAAAUGCUAGGACUUGGUUCUGUUUUAAUAGCAACUGUGACGUUCGGUGCAACCUUUGCUGUUCCUGGAGGUUUCGUAGCGGACGAUCAUACCAACAAGGGCACACCAACACUUGCUGGGAGGUAUGCCUUUGAUGCAUUCAUGAUGGCCAAUGCAUUAGCUUUUAUUUGCUCCUCAAUAGCAACAAUUGGCCUCGUGUAUUCUGGAAUCUCUAUGGUUAACUUGAGGAUCCGCAUAAUGAACUUUAACGCAUCUGUGGUCUUCAUGUCAAGUUCGGUCACAAGCUUAUCUGCUGCUUUUGCACUGGGUGUGUAUAUGGUGCUAGCUCCAGUUGCUAAUUCUACUGGCAUUGCCAUCUGUGUGCUCAGUCCCCUCGUGGUGCUAUAUAGAAAUUUUGAAUUCUUACUAAAGGCGGAUAUUCUUGCACGGCCAAUAUGCGUUCGAAUUGGACUAAGUCGCGGAUUAAAAUGGUUAGCAUUAAUUAUCGGUGGCCAAAUCUUCGUAGAACUCUGGCCCUUCAUAUUUAUAUUUGGUUGGGCUGCAAUUGCACAGAAGCUCGAAAACCACCCCUGAUGACAAGAAGCAUCAAACAUGUGAUGAGUUGAAACUAAAGGAAAUGGAUCUGCAAAGCUUUGUGACUAGUCAUUCAUCAGCAUAUGUUUGUUCAGAACGUAUUUUAUGGAAGUUUUUUUAUGCGUUAUUCUUGGCUUGUAACUUUGUUCGUACAGAGUACUUGUGCUUGUAAUGAGUAAAUAAGG